AUGGAUGAAUCGGAAUUGUCGGUUUUUGCUGUGUCGAUGACAAUUGAUAUGGGAGUUGUGUGAGUUUUUUUUGGGGAAAAUAUUACAUUUUGAAAAUUCAUUCAAAGAGUCAGAAUUUGACCUAAAAUCGAGCAUUUUUGAGCUAACACGAGAAAUACUUUUAUUUAAAAAAAACUGGACAACAUCGGGGUUUUCUAGAAAAUUUAGUAUAACAUGAGCAAUGCAACGAAAAUACAGUUUUUUAUCCUGAAUUCUGAUAUUUUUCAAUUUAGGAAAAUAACUCCUGAAAUUAAUUUUGACAAUUUUUGCAGAUUCCCACCACCAAUCGAAAUGGAUUCUAGAGAUGAAAUUGAAAUCGAAGCAGAAGAACACAAUAAUAAUUUAAUAAAAUCGAAUUCAACAAAAUAUUCAAUUUCAGCUGAUUUUAUCAGACGCAUUUUAUUGAACCAAUCACAAUAUAACACUGAUUUUCAAUUGGUAAAUUAAGUUGAAAUCUAAUUUCCCCAAAAAACUUUUUCAGAUCAAAUAUUCGAUGAAAAACAGUGAAACACUUUUUGGAACUUGCCAACGACCAGAUGAAAUAUUGGUUUCUUUGAAUAAUUUGGCUCAAAACUACAAAUCGAUCGAUGAAUUUGUUCCACCAGAAAUCGGAAUUUCAGAAAUGGAAAAAUGCUUGAAAAUAACAAUGAAAAAAUAUGAAACAAGAAGAGUUUAUUGGUUUUUGGAUGUUCAGAGUUUCCUAAAAUGUGUUAGUUUUUUCUUCGAAAAUCUUGAUUUUCAAUACAAAAUUCUAAUUUUGCAGAAAGUCUUCUCAUUCCAAUCGAUUUCAACAGAUUUUCUCGAAGUUUUUGUUUUUGGAGACUUGCCAGUUUUUCACAAAAAUGAUCGAUUUGUUCGAAAUGUUUUGAGCGAAUUUCAGAAAAAUGAGGAGAAAAUGAAGAUUCAUUUGAUGUGAGUUAAAAUAUUAUUUUUCAAAAUUUGUUAAAUUUUGCAGAAUGUGCAAUCGAGAUAUUCUGGAAAUUCGAGAAAAUUUGAAGUUUGAUCAGAUUGAAAAAGUUAAAAUGACUGGAAAUUUGCACAUUGGACAAAUUAAUUGCGCGAUAAAAGUUGAUGGUCAAACUACAAGUUCAAACUACAAAUAUGAUUCAAUUGAAAUCAAUUUGAUUGGAUUUAUCGAAAAAUUGGAGAAUUGGAUUUUUGAAGAGGAAAAAGAUAUUGUUGUUUCAUCGAAAUCUGAGGUUUUUGUACAAUUGAAAGAGUAUUUGAAGGAAGGAAAUUGUGGUGCAUUUUGUCAAUGUUUUUAUGGAAAACAACAAAUGGAAUAUUGUCUUUUGAUUGUUGUUGGAGUUAAUGAAGAGAUACGAUUUAUACGGUUGAAUGAGAAAAAUGAGGAAAAAUGGAGAGAGUUUUUAAACAUGGAAACUGUUGGAAGUGUAAGUUUUUUUGCGAAUUUUUGUAUCGGAAAUACAUUAGACAUGGUAUCAUUUUCUAAAGUUUUUUUCACUGAAAAACAUAUCCCGCUUUUUUACUGAGAUCACAAUAAUGAGCCGAAAGCUAAACGAUUUGUCUUAUUGAAAAUCUACGAAAAUUAAUUUUUCCCCUCAUUUUCAGAUCAAUGAAACAUGCGAAAUAUCCGAAAAACCCAAGCAACUACAAAUCUAUCAACCGAUUGCUCCUUUGCAUAAAAAAUCGACCAAAAAAUUCGCAAAAGCUGCGAUUCAGGAAGGAGGAGAAGUAGGAAUAUUGACUUUUAUCUAGGUUUAAAAUUUUUGGAAUUUUCAGAAACUUGAAGAAUUUGUGGGAGAAUAUGAGAUUCUUGGAUUUAAAAACGAAAUGCAAAAUUAUAUUGAGGAAAUUCGGUCGACAGAUGUAAAUGUGGCCAGCGAAGAUUAA